AAGAAAAGAAAGCCGCUCCCCCUCAUCGAAAGCCCGAAAUCACCACACCAGAGAGAGAGACACACCUAAGGACCUCGAUGCCAUAUGCCAUCGUUCUUCAUUCCUGCCCGCGACGCACGGCAUCGGAUAGCAUGCUUCGCCCUCUACCGCGCACUCAUCCGACAAGGCCGCCUCGUCCCGCUCCCCGAUGAUAUCGCGAGCGCGUACCCUUCGAACCCAAUCACAUGGCUGAUCCAACGGGGCUUCCGGCGCAACAGCCCCGACACCAGCCCCCGCCUCGUCAACCCGGCCCUCAAGGCCGGCUACCGAAUUCUUGCGCUGCUGCGCGCCGCGGCCACGCCACCGCCAGGGUCGCCGGCGAGUGACGCCCCGACGACCGUCGACGAGUCGAACCCCAACUACGCCUCCGUCAUCCGUCUCUUGCGCGCGCGCCUCGCGGAGCGCCAACGCUCUCACGCUGCUAUCGCCAAGAACCCACCUUACUCGAAGACCCCACCUAGGCCACCGGCCACGCGGCCGCCCGAUUACACCCCGCUCCUCGUGAAUGUGACGCCGGAACCGACGCCGGAGAAUCCGCGCCCCCGGCCGGUGUACGCGACGCCGUCGCGGCCGCGGCCCCGCGAGGAGCUCAGCGGAACCGGUUUCCGGCAGGUGCCGCGGCUCGACCUAGCGGGGGACUUCCCGUUCCUGCGGCUCAAAAAGCCGCAGCCGGCGUCGCUGAGCCGCGUACUCACGCACAAUAUCCGCAGGCGCGUCGCCCGCAUCACCACCCUACAGUACAUGGCCGACGAGCUGAUGCCUGACGCCCAGCUCGAGGACGAGUGGGAGAACCGAGUUGCUUUCCUGCUCAGCUGCCAGGGCAAUAAGCCGAACCAUCGCGAUAGAUACUCGCCCGGCUAUGGUGACGGCGGAGACACCACGGAUUCGUACUUCAGCAGCAUGACGGCAGAGAGCCGCGAGGCGGCGAAUAUCCGUGCUGACUUCUGGGUAGAUGCGACGUACAGCCGCACCCUCCACGAGCACGGCAUCCUUCACCUGCAGAACCUCUUGUCUGAGGAGCGAGAGGACCAGGUCGCCCGCGCGGAUGCCAUGCGCAGGUUGAUCGAGGAAGAGAGGGCGCUGGCCGAGCAGGAGAGGGCGCAAGGGAUCGCCGAGAAGACAAGGCUUUAUGAGGAUAGGAAGCAAGCGUUGCUUGAAGGACAAGACCCGUCACACACAAAGGACGAUCCGCCACGAUGGAAUGCGUAACCACUUUUGGCGUCCGACGAGGGCUAUCCUACGUAGUUCCAUACCGUAUAGCUACAUGUGAAUCCCGAUAACAUCGCCCCAUUCCUAAGCCCGUUAGAUACUUCGCUCUUUUCCGGUCCCCAAAGCUUCCCGCCUGUUAUAUCCGUCGUCUGCGAGCAUCCAUAAGAAACCGACAGAACGCCUACUUGUCCCCG